AUGUAUUUUCACCUUUUAAAAGGAAAAAAAGUAAGUGCUAAAGCAAAAAUUGAGGCUAUAGAUGAUGACAAUAAGGUAAUCAUAUAUAGCUUAUUUGAAGGGGAAGUGAGUGAGAAUUACAAGAGUUUUAAGUCAACAUUUCAAGUGAUUGAUAAAGAACAUGGUGGUGGGAUUGUGAAAUGGACCUUUGAAUAUGAGAAGCUAAAGGAGGAUAUUGCAUUUGGAUCUCCAGAAUCAUACUUGGUCUUUGCUGAAAAGGUCUCAAAAGAUAUUGAUGCUCAUCUUGUCAAAGAAUAG